UGAGCUCAUGACAGGGAAGGGGAAAGCCGAUUUGUUGAUGAAAACUUGUUUUUCCGGUGCUCUCCCCAUUUGUGGACAUGUGGUCAAUCUAUUUCCUACAAGUCAACAGCCUCUACAAGUCCUGAGCUUCCUCCCAUCACGCAGAAGAGGAGUGUGCUAGAUAGAAACCAAGCUAUUUGAAAAGCUUUGCAGCUUAGUCACAGACAGCAAGAGAAUUAAAAACCUUUAAACCAUUCAUUUGUUUCUGUUUGUUUAUGACCUAUUCUCUGGGCUUUCGGUGGCGCAGAAUAUCUCAGCUCACAGAUGCUGAAUCCCCUCAGGUUUCUGAUUCCUGACGUGAAGUCUGACACCUGCAAGCAACAGGCACAAGACAAGCUAGUACAGAUAGCCAGGAAUGACAGCAGGAUGGAGCACCGCAUUUAGCCUGAAGUUCUUGGUUGUUCUGUACAUGCACACAGAGCUGCCUGCAUGUUUCCUGAUGCACUGCAAUUCAGGGCCCUGUCUGUCAGUGUGAUGAAGGAAAUUGGGGAAAAUGGAGGACAUUGCUGGUGGUAACACGGCAGAGCUCCAGAAAUCAUGCAAUUCCAAAAAUACAGAUGGUCAUUCUACGCUAAAGAAAUUUACAAUUCCAAGGAAGAAGAGGAACCUGGAAAAAGCUCUUCUGGAAGAAUGUCCUAAAGAAAGCAGGGAGUACAGCUACAUUCAUUCAACACUAAACGACUCCAGACUCGAUAUAACCUAUGAAAUAUUUCCACCAUGGGAGUGUCAAGAUGUAAAACUGGUCCACAAUGAAGAUCUUGCAAGGGAGUUUUCUGAAAAGAGGUUUGAGAUGCGCUCAAAGGGGAGACAUGGGAGAGAAAUGGAAGAAAGGUUCUGCUUUUUGGUCACCUCCAUCAAAGGUGCUGCACAACUGUAUGAAAACGGUGUGAAAACAUGCAAAACUGGUCCUUAUACCCUGGGAAACCCCUUGUAUGGAGUCUACUUAUUUAGACACGUGGACGUGGCUUUGAAAAGAGCCAUGAAAAAAUCAGCAGCUCCAAAAACUAUUGUUAUUUUUAAGGCAUUAUUUGGCAAGGUGAAAAGGGUAAAAUCUUGCGUGGGGAAGAUGGUGGACCAAGAUCCUACGAUACACUUUGACUGUUUUAUGUCCAAAGACCCGAUCAGCCACAAAGACACUCUUUCGCAGCAGGCUCUGGGCUCAUUUGCUCAGUGGAACGCUGGAAAAGAUGCACUGUGGCUGAGAGAAGAGGAAGAGGAGAGAACACCACCAUUACAUUUAAGCAUUAUGGCACCACAGAACAUAAUGUGGUUUUGA